AUGUCCUUCUUUGGAUUCGGCCGCCCUUCGCGUGAGGAGCGCGAGCGCGAACCUCUACUACCGCGCUACAACGACGACACAGCCUUACAGCAACGCCUUCACGAGAAGCUGCAUACAUAUCAGAUGCUCCGCGCCAUUGGAAAAGGUUACAUGCCAUCCAACGAGCAACUCAUCGUCAACCUGCGCAGUCUCUUGUCUGCCGACGUCCUCAACCCCGAUACCCCGGACCUCAGCGACUCCGGACGAGCUCUGGUUCUCAACGUCAAACUUUUGAUCAAGCAACUCAUUGAAUUACUAUUGCACAAGAACGGUAAAGACCAAAUCCAGGAUUUCAUCUGGUAUCUUACCAAGGCUCGUCUGUCGGUGGAUGCGUACGACAUUGGUGCACGAGCAUCCAAGGCAAAGGCGAAAGCCGACACUGUGGCAGCUUACAAAAGCUUACAAACGGUGGGCUCCUUAAUAUUAACCAACUCGGAUUUCCGCCUACUACUUUCGGAUCUUAGCACCAUUGGUCGAGAGGUCUUCCGCGACACUGCGUUUACCCUAUCGGACGUCUCGAAGCAGGCGGCCAAGGAUAUCGAACCCUCAAAGGAGGAGGAGGAAGCUGUCAAGCAUCCCAACGGUGAUUCGAAGCCUCCCCCGACGGAAAACGAUUUUGAGAAUGAGGUCGUUGACGUUGCAAAAAUUGUCACUGACGGCGUCGCCCGUGUUGCUGACGAAGCGGGCCAGAGCCUGGCAGAGCAUGUCACUGGCGACGAGCAAGAGACGUUGGUCCACAGGCUGAAGAGCACGAUUGUCAAUUUGCGUGAGAGAAAAGAUUACUCUGACUCGGUAUCGACGCUCUCACUACUCAUCCGGCGCUAUUUGCUGGCCUAUUCCCAUGCAGUCUCCGAAACCAUCCAGGUCGCUCAAGAAGACAUCGACACGAAUCCAGAGGCCGACCGCGCGCUUCACAACUUUUGGUUGUUUUUGACAUCCUUGGGCAAUCGCGAGCACUGGAAUGAUGUCGAAGGCCAGUUCAAAGCGGUCAUGGAGCAUGGUCGCAGCGACCCCGAGUUCGACAACCUCGUCAGGCAAAUCGGUAACCUGCUCCAAGACAUUCUGACGGAUCCCGAUUUCUUCGAUCACGCCGAGGACCGCUUCAAGGAGCUGAGGGCCAAGUCGAGGCAGUUGACAUCCGAGUCCUCCAUACGUGAUGAUCUUGAUGCUUUGUUAGAGAAGGUCUACCUCGCAUUGAACUCUGUGCUCCAAGAUACGGACAUCAAGAAAGCUAUGAAUACCACAAGACGAAUUCUGCAAAUCUUGUCGCCUGCACAUCAAUACACCAACGGGGAACUGGUCUCGGAUUCCAUCAACAUUUUCAUACCCAUGAUAGUGCAGGCUAUUCAGUACAUUCCGAUCCCUCGGGUAGAGGUAUCGGUGCCGGCCAUCGAUCUUCUAUUGGAGAACCUUAUUUUGGAACCGGGACGCACCGUCAACAACAGCUCCUUCUUGCCGUUCAAGAUCAAUAUUUCCACUCAGAAUGAUGUCGAGAUCCGCAAGGCCCGCUUCCGUACCACGUCCUCGGUGAAGACUCUCAUGAGAAUUACCAUAUCGGGAUUGUCAAUUGCCGCCGAAGACCUUGGAUAUUGGCUACGCCUCCACUCGGGGAUAUUGAGGCUUGCCGACGCUGGCAUUGCGGGCUUUUACCUGGAUGAGCGUGGGAUCGAUGUUGCUAUCGAUGUGGAGGUUGGAAAGGAGCGGCUUGAAAACAUAUUGACGCUGCACAAUGUCCGCGUCCGCAUCCACCACCUCAAUUACAGUCUCCGAAAGAGCAAAUUCUCCUGGCUCGCUUGGCUACUCAAGCCUCUGAUUCGGCCAACGGUGAAGGCCGCAUUGGAAGCUCAAAUUGCUGCCAGCAUUGGCGAGCUGCUUCAUUUCGCCAACAGAGAACUGCUUUUUGCACGGGAACGAUUGAGGGCCACUCGUAUUGCCGACCCGCAGGAUUUGUGGACAUUUCUCAAGGCCGUGGCGGCGAGACUGGUACCCCCCCAGGACCCAGAUUUGUACACCCGUGUGGGCGUCGCGCAGCCUGGACGGGGAGUUUUCAAGGGCGUAUACGCCCCUGGCAGUCUCGUCAAAAUGUGGAACGAAGAGGCUGCGCUGGCAGGCGACAGAGUGCACGAAUAUCAGCGAGACGGGUGGCGCAAUUCCAUCUUUGAUGUCGGAACGACAGGUACUACGCUUUAA